AUGAAGGCCCUGGUGCAGCGGGUCACCUGGGCCAGCGUCACAGUUGGUGGUGAGAAGGUCAGCGCCAUUGAAAAGGGCCUCUGUGUGUUGCUGGGCAUUUCUCUAGAAGAUACACAGAAGGAAUUGGAGCACAUGGUCCGAAAGAUUUUAAACCUUCGUGUGUUUGAGGAUGAAAAUGGGAAACACUGGUCGAAGAGUGUGAUGGACAAACAGUAUGAGGUGCUGUGUGUCAGCCAGUUCACCCUCCAGUGUGUCCUCAAGGGGAACAAGCCCGACUUCCACCUGGCCAUGCCUGCAGAACAUGCUGAGGGCUUCUAUAAUCGAUUUCUGGAGCAGAUGCGGAAGGCUUACAGGCCGGACCUCAUCAAAGAUGGCAAGUUUGGUGCCUAUAUGCAAGUCCACAUUCAGAACGAUGGGCCUGUGACCACAGAGCUUGAGUCUCCGGCUGCCGGCACCACCACCUCUGAUCCAAAGCAGCUGUCAAAGCUGGAAAAACAGCAACAGAGGAAAGAGAAGACCAGAGCCAAGGGACCUUCUGAAUCAAGUAAAGAUAAGAAUGUUCCUCGGAAAGAGGACCGCAGAGCCAGCAGCGGAGCAGAAGGGGAUGUGUCGUGGAGCGGGAGCCAUAGGAGCCGGAGCCGUAGAAGGUGGUCGGGGACUCAGUGCAUGAUCAUUGGCAGAAAUGGAUCCUGA